AUGAAGGCAACCCUCGUAGCCAUUUGCUUCAUUGCUGGUGCGGUGUACUCCGUGGGGAGGCUGACUGAGCAACAAUGCAGAACCGCUGUGCCAACGUCUUUAUGUAACGGAGACGCUAAACUUAGAACUAUCUACUACUUUAGCAACCAUACUAAUAAAUGCGAGAGUAUGGAGAGCUGUACGGAUGGUGUAAACCACUUUGAAAAGAAAGAUUGCUGCACGAGUGAAUGCCCGUACGGAAAACAUUCCAAGACCGGAUAA